UGGGAAUCCUGCUGAAAGGAGCAGGGACAGCUCUGCCACAUUUUGUAAUGGUGGGGUGGGGAGGGGAACAGUUGACUGACAGAACUUCAACCUCUGCUAGGCUCCACCCCUUAAUUUCAGCAAUCAAUAGAUUUUCAGGCCUCCCUAAUACAAGAGGAAAGCUUCCCCCUGCCUUUUUAAUGGUUUUAGUUUUAUUUUUACAAUUUUUAUACUUUUUUUUAAUCCAUAAACAUUGCACAGUCUAAACAAAGGUGAAAUUCAAAGGUGCGGAGAGAUCAUAGCACCACUACAACCACUUGGACAGUCACCACUGCUGCCACCUUCAGAUCUCAAUCCCCUCAUCCAGAUCUCCCAGUUAACACAAUAACUCCUGCCUGAACUGAUGCAUUGAUAAAUGAAUUAACGUGUUUUCCCAACUAGACCGCCACUUACGGGAAAUGAGAGCUUUGCACACCCUUGCACGCAGCCAAAACGCACAUCAGUCUGCAAGUCUGGAAUAUAACAACCAGAAGCAAAGCAAAGACUCUUUCUCAGCCUUCCCUACUCUCAAAGCUUUGCCCUGUCACCAAGGCACAGUAUGGAAGCCAUUGCCAAAUUUGAUUUCAAUGCUUCUGGAGAGGAUGAACUGAGUUUCCGUACCGGGGACGUUCUCAAGAUUUUAAGCUCCCAGGAAGAGUGGUACAGGGCUGAGCUGAGAAGUCAUGAAGGCUAUGUCCCCAAGAACUUCAUAGAUAUUCACAUUCCCGCCUGGUUUAAUGAAGGGAUAUCCCGCCAUGAAGCAGAGACCUUACUCAUGAGCAAAGAAGUUGGCUCUUUCAUCAUCCGAGCCAGCCAGAACUCCCCUGGUGACUUCUCCAUCUCUGUCAGGCAUGAGGAUGAUGUCCAGCACUUCAGGGUGAUGAGGGAUACAAAGGGCAACUACUACUUAUGGACAGAGAAAUUUCAGUCACUGAACAAAUUGGUGGAGUACUAUAAGACCUCCUCUAUCUCCAGGCAGAAGCUGAUAUUCCUGAGAGAUGGGAGCCAAGAAGAGAAGGAGAGGCGUGGUGGGAGCCUGGAACGGGGGGUACAGGAAGGACUCCGCCUGAGUUCAGCAGCUGGAGAAAUCCGAGCAUCAAUGUCCAAGAGAUAUGCAGAUCCCUCACCACCCCUGCAGCAGCAACAGGACAGAGGUGGUGGGAGCCUGGACAGGAAGGAUGGGCUUCAUCGCCUCAGAGACCAUGGAGAAGGGAGUGCAACAUCCAUGUACCGGAGACAAACAGAACCAUCAUUUCAACAUUCACAGCAAACACUAUGGGUCCAAGCCCUGUAUGACUUUGAGGCAUUGGAGUGUGAUGAGCUAGGAUUCCGCAGUGGAGACAUCGUAGAAGUCCUGGACAACUCUAACCCAUGUUGGUGGAAAGGGCGCCUGCGGGGCAAAUUGGGUCUCUUCCCUUCCAACUAUGUUACACCAGUGACCCGGUGAUUCUGCAGCCUUCCAAGAUGAGUUGGGAUGGAGCUGCUCUGGCGUGUCGGGGGCAGAGAGAGCAUCUUCCAUGCAGCCGGAACAUACCAUGUUUUUAUUACAAUAAUAAUUUAUUGGCAGUUGACCCAUUGAUUAGUUAAUAUUAAAGGGACUUCUGGAGAGGGGUAGGAUUUUUCUCUCCUUUUACACCCCAGUGUUAGAGGGAUCAAGAAUCCUGGAUCGUCCAUGAGGUCUUGCUGGAUCCUGCCUGCACUGCCAUCAUUUUGGCAAAAUGUUGCUAACUCAGACUUUGCUAAAUUAGAUAAGUCACAUGAGAACCCACCUCAAGCAAGCCAGGUUUCAGCUUGUAGGCAGCCCCACCUCCUCCAACAUCUGAGCACCACCUUUUGGACCUUGCAACAUGCCAUCUAGCAGAGGAAGGGAUGUGGUCUGGUAAACUGGUCCUGUAAACUGGUGUACAGAGCAAUGUGGAACCAAUAUAUGGGGAGGAAGAGAAACCAAGUUCUUUACAGCUUCUUAUAGACCUGCCCUCAUGCACUCCUGCCCAUAGCACAUGUACUCCUGUCCACUGUCCAAGCUGCCUUCCAAGAUAUCCUGCACUUUCCAUUAAACAUUUGUGUAAGGGGGCCUGGCUAUUCAGCCAAACCGAUAGUCACCAGCUGGAAAUAUGGUGAAUGUCACCAAUAGUUUUGUUAAAUUGGAAUUUUUUUUGUGGUAUGUUGCUGUCUAAAAAUCCUCCUCCUAUUUUUUUGGAAAUCUGGAAUCCCUGUUUUUAUAACCUUGAGUUGCUGGUAACAUGUAUCAUCCACCUCUGUGUAUCUAUGUGAACACACACACACACACACACACACACACACACACACACACACACACACAAAUAUACAUACACACUCUUCUGCAUAGGUAUUUGAUCAUUGCAGGGAGGGCAGAAGACAACUAUGUAUGGUUGUGUAGCACCGUGAUAUCUUUAGAAAUUGUCCCAAUUUCACAUCCCUGAUUUUCCACCCACCCUCUCAUGGCCUCCAGCUUCCCCAUGCCUAGCUUCUGUUUCACCUCUCCUGAGUAUCCAUCUCUCGGGUCUCUUGUUACAAAUAUUACUAUAGUGCCAGAAGCAACCUCUGGCUAGCACUAUUUUGAUGCCAGAUUCCAGGCAGGGCUACUACUCUACUUGUGGGAAUGAAGUGAAUAAAGUUGCCGUCAAGAACAGUCUCCUCUAUAUACCUGUUUGCUUUGAACUAAAUAAGGUAAAUGCCCAACACAUUGGAAACAAGAUUGAAAAUUUAAAAAAGGAGAGAGUUGUACAAAUCACCAAGUGUGAUAUAAAUGAAUUGUAAAUACACAUUUUAAAUUAUCAAAAUCUUGAGCGAGAGCAUUGGGUAACUGCUACUCAUGCAAGUUGAAAUUUAGCAAGCUGCCUGAAUAAAAUACUUUCCCACUAUGUUUAAGACCUCAGGAGUCAGCAAGGAAGUGCUGAUUUCAGUUUAUUUGGCACGAAAGAAAACACAAACCAGACCCAUCAGUAAAAAUGGACCUGAUAAAGAAUUAAAACCAAUGGGGAAAAAAGAAAAGAGAAGCCAGGCUGAAUGCCAUCCAAUGACAUGGCAUAAAUACCAUUGUCACAAGAUGUGCGACAUUUUCUGUUCUUGAGGAGUAAGGAGCUUUUCUGGAAUGCUUGAGGGAACUGGAACAAAUGAAGUACAGUUUAAAAAUAUAAAUAUAAAGAAGAAUAUUGCUUAUAGAGGCAGGAAUAGGUACUGAGAGCUUAACAGGAAUUUGGUCAGGGGCAUCAUUUAGGUAGGGUGGGGAGAUGGGGGAGGGAGAGUUGAAAUGUGUGAGCAGUUACCAUGUGUGAACAACUCAGACACCAGAUCCAGAGACCGGCUCUGCUCUCUGAAACCUUUGGUGUUUGGAGCCCCAUGGGCAGCCUGAAGCCUCCACUCCCCACCCUACGCAGCCCAGCUGCAGGGACCCACCUGUCUGACUGCAGCUCUCUGCUCCAACCUCAUCCGCUGUUACACUCCAUUGCCACUGACUGGCCCCAGCACUUGCGGCCAGAAGCUGUGACUGGCAAAUUUGUGGCCAGAAGUAUUGGUUGCUUGGGGAUCAAUGAAGCAGAUGCUCUGACAUGGAUCUUCUGUCUCACAUGUGACAAGUGGAAAGUGCUCAGUUUAAUGGAUGUAGGCAGGACUCCUCUGUUGUGGGGCCUGGUGAGAGGGCUGGCUCAGGGUACCGUGGCUAAGAGGAGCCCAAUCACCUCCAUAAACAAAGCCAAUAUUUCCCCCGCACCUUGCAGAUUAUAGGGCAUGACUGGUCCCAGCCCCCCUGUGUUGCACGGCAAUGCUCCAGCCCAGUAGCAGAUUGGGGGCUGAUGUCUUCUGUUUCAGAGUGUCAGCUUUUCUAGGCAAAGAACAAUGAGGUCUCUCCCCUCUGUGAAGGGGACAGCCUAAUUAUGGAUUUUUACAUUUUAUCCAAGAGUUUUGAGGGAACUAAGCAGUCCCUGGAACCCCACUGAAAGUUGCCCCCUCCCCUACUGAAAUCUGAAAUGAUGCCCCUGAAUUUGGUUACCCAGGUUUAGAACAAUGAGUUUCAGGAAACAGCGGGACAAGGUGGGUGAAGUAAUAUCUUGUAUUCA